AUGACCUGCUUGAGUUAUUGUUAUUUGGUAAUAUCUAAAUAUGAAAAUGUAACAAAUAUUUCCCUACACAGACUAACCUUCCAAGAAUUUGACUUGGAAAAGGAAGACGACUGUGCUUAUAAUUAUGUAGAAGUAUACGAUGGUUUGGAUCAUACCAGCUUGUCAUUGGGACGGUUUUGUGGUAACCAGACAAUGCAAGAAGUAGCCACUUCAACUCAAGACGGUAUUGCCAUUAAAUUUCGAACUGAUGACCAUAUUGCUGGCAAAGGUUUCGAAUUGGUGUACGAAUUGGUAGAAAAGAACAUAUAGUUUAGAAAAAU